UGUUUUGCUCUUGGUGAUUGCCGCCAACUUUUCUGCGUAGUUACAUAUCCCUAGAUUACUGUUUUGAGAGCGCAGUGUUUACUGCUAAUCCCCUGUUUUACAAAAAUCCCAUACAAAUUCAUUGCUAGAAGAAUCGUUUACAGAAAAAUACAUACUCUGUCAGUACGUGAAAUUGUACAGUGUUUCUUCAAUCGUCCAGUGAUCUCUCUCUCCGAGUCUGUGUGUUUCAUUUUGCCAUUAAUCAAAUCGUCAAUGUGGAGUUCAUCUAAAAGACACAGUAGAAAAAGCAACAUAACACAGAAACCACAAACGGUGACAAUAACACUGGGCCAUAGCUUUUGUGUCAUGGAAACAGUCAGUCUUUGCACAAAAAAAGGUGUAUUUUGUCAUCCAAGAAGUGUUCUUAGAAACUGAAUAGAAGCAACUAUUGUGCCUGUGACUUAUUGCUCUAAAAUUUUGUGAGAAAACUAAUAACUUGAAGAUGAAGCUUUUAGAGAGUAGCCGUUUUGAACAAGUAAACUCUGCGCUUAACAUGUUUACUGGAGAUUGCAAUAUUAUUGGAAGGAUUGAAAGUUAUUCAUGCAAGUUGGCCGGGCAUGAAAAACAACUCUACAAGCGUUUCCAUUCAGAGGCGGGCGCUGGUCCGCACGAUCUCCAAGUGUUAUCUGCGCCUCAAACUGCGCUUGCUGUUUCACCAACUGGAGGUUACUUUACUAGCCAGAGUUGCAGCGUUUCAGGAGAUGAAGAGGGCCCGUUAUGUGACACAAUAAGCCGCAAAACAUUAUUUUAUCUAAUUGCUACGCUGAAUGCCUCCUUUCAUCCAGACUAUGAUUUCUCUUAUGCUCGCAGUGAAGAGUUUAGUCGGGAACCAUCGGUUCAGUGGGUAAUGAAUGCAGUUGAUAAUAACCUCAGUGCCACAGCCGGAGAUCUCUAUAAUUCAAAGUUACAUGCCCAGCUGUGGGCCGCUAUUAACGACGAAAUUAACUUGCCUGAAUGUGACAUUUACAGUUACAACUCAGAUCUAGAGUCUGAUCCUUUUGGUGAAGAUGGCUCUUUGUGGUCGUAUAAUUACUUCUUUUACAAUCGGAAACUAAAACGCAUUGUUUUCUUAACUUGCAGAGCUGUCAGUUUGAACCACAUGGAUCUGAGUUCCGGCGGAGAGUUCACAAUGGAUGAAGAAGCCUUCCUAUAGAGCGGGAGCAAAAAGCCAAUAGCAACGCAGAACUAAACCCGACUCUAAUUUCAAUGUUUUAAUAACAUUAGUCGUCAAAAUUUUAACGUUUUCGAUCUGUGUUUUAUCUAAUUUUUUUACACGAUAAAACGAUUAAGAUUCUUAGUGAAGCCCGUACAAUCGAUCAGAUUUUUCAGUAUCGUCUGAUGCAUGUCAGGCAUUGUUUACGGGGUAUCCCUCGAAUAUCUGUCUUUCCGUGUCUAUUUUCCGUAUCUCCCCAUUUAAUUUAAAAAUAAAACGCAGUUAUUUUAAAAUUUUUUGUCGUCGAUUAACGUCAAAUGCGAAUACACGGAAACAUAUUUACCUGAA